CGAAACUAUUAACCUGCAGAAAGAUACCUCGGUAAACGGUAAACAACCUACAUCAAUAGUAAUAGUAAUCUUUCGAACGAACAAGGUAUACGCCAUACGCCAUGGCCGAAAAGACUCCCGUUCUUACGGACAAGGCACCAAAGCCCUUAGCCGGAAUUUAUAGCCAGGCCAUCAAGGCCAACGGCUUUGUGUUCGUUUCUGGGGCGGUUCCCAUGGACGCCGCGACGGGCAAAAUAGUCGACGGCGAUAUUCAAGCUCACACUCACCAAUGUAUCAAGAACCUUGGUGCCAUCCUUGAAGCUUCCGGCUCCGACCUCAACAAGGUUGUAAAAGUCAACGUCUUCCUCUCCGACAUGGACAACUUCGCGGCCAUGAACGAAAUCUACAGUCAAUAUUGGGGUGAAGUAAAGCCUUGCAGAACAUGUGUUGCCGUUAAGACGCUACCACUCAAUGUGGACGUCGAGAUUGAGUGCACCGCAACUUACUGAACAGGGGUUUUUUUUAACAUAGUAAAGCGAUUGAGUGCUAGGUGAACAUAGCAAGUAUUACGGUGUCACUUGAACUGGAGGGGGGGUAAAAAUACCCAAGUCAUGUAUGUCUUAGUUUAAUUACAAGACUUUUCUCAGCACACAGAAAUAUCAAUCAGUAACAUUUACAAGUAUUACAUCUUACAUCUACCUAUUGUUCCUAUGAUAGGUAAUCAAAUAUAAGUAACCCAACCUUUACAUCUUCAUCUGUCACACCAUAGC